CCGCCUCCCCGUCCCCCCCGGCUGUGGGCUCUCGCCGAGAGGGUCACGGUGACGCGGGGGGCGUGGGGCCGGCGGGCUCCUGGCAGGCCCUCCCUCGGGCGUGGGGGUGCUGAGGGCUCCGGGCCCGAGAGCCUGGUUAUCCCUCCGCGGGGGACGCCCCGCCACCGGCUGACCCGCCCCGUCGCUGCGACUCCCAGAGCUGCUGUCACCUGCGCUGAGCGGGACUCGCCACCUCACGCCACCGUGCCCGGGAGCGCAUCCGGCUCCCGCCCGCACACAGAGCCACAUCCCUUUUGACCUCUGACUCCGCUCCCUGCGUCUGGGUGACUGUCAGACGCCCCCUCCCGCAUAUGGGGCAAGCGCCCGCCUGGACUGGGGACGCCCGAGGUCGCAAAACCGUGUGUGACUUCACUCGCGCAUACUCUGUGUGACCCGAGGAUUGUCCCAUUGGAGUGCUACCGGCGUAUCUGCCGGCCCUGCUCCCCAGCGUGGGGUGAUCUUGUGUGGCUUUAUAGACCUCCCCUCUCUCGUAGUCGAGACCGCCUCGUACCCUUGUGAGCAGCUUCAGUACUGCCGUCUUGAGGGCCCUACAGCUCCCACUGGCCAAUGAUGGAGGCAGCCGCUCGCCGUCCUCAGAGAGCUCCCCACAGCACCCCACACCCCCUGCCCGGCCGCGCCACAUGCUGGGGCUCCCGUCCACUUUGUUCACGCCCCGCAGCAUGGAGAGCAUUGAGAUUGACCAGAAGCUGCAGGAGAUCAUGAAACAGACAGGCUAUCUGACCAUCGGGGGCCAGCGCUACCAGGCGGAGAUCAAUGACCUGGAGAAUCUGGGCGAGAUGGGCAGUGGCACCUGCGGCCAGGUGUGGAAGAUGCGUUUCCGGAAGACGGGCCACAUCAUCGCAGUCAAGCAAAUGCGGCGCUCAGGGAACAAGGAGGAGAACAAGCGCAUCCUCAUGGACCUGGACGUGGUGCUCAAGAGCCACGACUGUCCCUACAUCGUGCAGUGCUUCGGCACCUUCAUCACCAACACGGAUGUCUUCAUUGCCAUGGAGCUCAUGGGCACGUGCGCAGAGAAGCUUAAGAAGCGGAUGCAGGGCCCCAUCCCUGAGCGCAUCCUGGGCAAGAUGACAGUAGCGAUUGUGAAGGCGCUAUACUACCUGAAGGAGAAGCACGGGGUCAUCCACCGCGACGUGAAGCCCUCCAACAUCCUGCUGGACGAGCGGGGCCAGAUCAAGCUGUGCGACUUCGGCAUCAGCGGCCGCCUGGUGGACUCGAAGGCCAAGACGAGGAGCGCCGGCUGUGCAGCCUACAUGGCACCUGAGCGCAUCGACCCCCCAGACCCCACCAAGCCCGACUACGACAUCCGGGCCGAUGUGUGGAGCCUCGGCAUCUCGCUGGUGGAGUUGGCUACAGGACAGUUUCCCUACAAGAACUGCAAGACGGACUUCGAGGUCCUCACCAAAGUCCUCCUGGAAGAGCCCCCGCUCCUGCCUGGUCACAUGGGCUUCUCAGGGGACUUCCAGUCCUUCGUCAAAGACUGCCUUACUAAAGAUCACAGGAAGAGACCAAAGUAUAAUAAGCUACUUGAACACAGCUUCAUCAAGCGCUAUGAGACGCUCGAGGUGGAUGUGGCGUCCUGGUUCAAGGACAUCAUGGCGAAGACGGAGUCGCCGAGGACUAGCGGAGUUCAGAGCCAGCCCCACCUGCCGUUCUUCAGGUAGCCCCACCGGCCAGGGGUGUGGGCCCGGCCCCCUCCUGACCCGGCCACCCAGCUGCCCACCAGGGGAGAGCUGGGACCCGGACGGCCGCCGAGGGCUGAGGACAGAAGUUGGGGGGUACCCACCGCCCCCCGAUGCUCUGCCCACCAGCUGUGGACACACGGGCCUGCCGGGCCUCAGCCCUUCCCGCUCCGGGUCAGCGGGCCGCGCGUUACCCGGACAGACACUGUGAACGGCAGACAGCAGGCCGCCGGCAGACUCGCUAUUUAUUCAGUCGUAACCUCUGGGCGGGGGCGGCCCUUGGCCAGGAGAGAGCCCCCAAGUCCCGCACCCCACGCCCCCCACGCGCUUGCUGUCCCUUCCCUCUCUACCUCCCCUUCGUCGACUGGCUUUCCCGUCUCUCUCCGGGCCUGGACCUGGGCUCGGCCACCUUAGCUCCUUGUCAGAGCCCAGGCUCUGCCUCAGUUUCCCCCAGUCCUUGCCAGGACGCGUGUGGGUCUCUGGAUUGCAGCUGGAGCCGCGCUGGUUUCUGUCUUUCUCUCUUUGAUCUCAGGGGGUCCUUUUUGGAGUUUAUUACAGUAUCCUCGGUGGGGUGUCUGGGCGAAGGGGAGAGGAGCACUUGUCCUCGUGGGGUGUGUUGGAACCUUCAGAAACUUUUACCAAAGUCACGUUUAGCUGCUUUUGGUGGGGCUCUCACCAGCUACCCUUGGGUGCUGGGGGACGGGGACGGGGGCUGCUCCGUGUCAGGCAGGCCUUGGUGAGGCCCCGGAUGGCCAAGGCCGGAGAACAGGCUCAGGGCGCCUCCCCUGGGGCCGGAGACUGGCGCAGCACUGCGCAGGUGAGCUGAGGCGCUCAGGUGGGGGAGAGCGGGGCCUUGUGCGGGGGCCUCUGGGGAAGGAGGGCAAAGGAAGCGCAGAGAGGCGGCUGCAGGGACGGGAGACAGGAGGGGCGGGGGAGGGGCUGAGGGAGAGGGUUGAGGGCCAAGGGAGCAGGUGUGGAGGUCUGAGGAUGUGUGAGAGCGGCAGGUCGGGGUGGGAUGAGGUCGCUUCCCCCGCCGUGGCCUGAGUGCCCUUCAGCUCACCUGGAGCCGGCUGCAGCCCCAGCCCACCAGAGCCCGGUACCGGGAAGGACCCAGGGUCCACCCCAGGCCCAGGGGAGGUGUCCGUGCCAGCUGCAGCGGCCAGUGCAGGGAGGGGUGUGUUUCCUUUUUGUUGGUGAUGCAUGCACAUCAAGGGGACAGAAAACAAAAUAACAAAAAAAUGGAAAAAAUACAAAACCACAAAAACCAACCAACGCCAAAGGUGAGGAACCUCGCUGGAUGUAGCUGAAGCAACAUAGGCUUAGACGACACUACGGCCUCUUACCUAUCUUACUGACUGUUACUCUAUUCACAAUGCCGCAUGUUUAAAAUGUAAUCGAGGUGGUCUUCUCUUUGCCCUGGGGAGGCCGCCUUCUGCUCUCACCUCCUUUGUGAGGGGGUGAGGCCUGGCCCCUGCGAAAGGCCUUAGGGGGUCGCUGGAAGGUCGCUCUGCUGGUCCCAGGGCCAGCGCCGGCCUGAGGCUGGGCUGCCUGGUCUCCUUUUUAUUUAACUUUAUUUCCUGUGGUGUGAGUGUGUACCUGCCCGACCCCUGCCCCUCAGUGUUAAGUGGGAGCCCCUCCUGCCUCCCCGCUUCCCGAGACCUGCCCUGUCACCAGCCAUCCCUCUGGACCAGGCGGAGGGCGGACAGGCCCAGCAGCGGCCUGAGGUGGCCUGGCCCAGCCCGCUGGCCCAUGGAUGCCCUCUCAGGCCGUCAGUAUUGCCCUGUCCCUUUUUAAGACAAGAUGCCCUCGUUUGUAACUCCUUAGACGCUUGAGAAUAAAACCCCUCCCUUUUCUUCCGA